GAGCAAAGCCCCAAGGCCUGGACACAGGCUCGCAGUCACCGCCUUCUCACUGGAGAGCGUGUGUGUGCUGCCAACGGGAGGGAGAAGAGUAAAUGCCCCGAAACCAGCAUCUGCAGUUCCUUCUUACACAUAACCAGAAAAGGCAUUGGAAGCGAGUGAAGCGGAUUCCAGGCCAAUGGAGGAGAUCGAUCGACGGCUGGAAGCAAAGCUAAAGAUCCAGCAGAAGGAAAAGAAACCGAAGCUGGCAUCUAAAGUUCCCAUCGUCAUCCAGGACGACUUGCACCCGACGCCCUGCACCCCACAAAUCCGCAUCCUGAAGAGACCGACGAGUAACGGAGUGGUGAACACGCCGCUCUCUGCCACCAGGCCCCUGCCGCAGGUCAAGUCACUGGCUCAGAGAGAAGCUGAAUAUGCGGAGGCACGCAAGAGGAUCCUCGGCAGUGCGAGUCCUGAAGAGGAGGAUAAAGCCAACCCCGACAAGCCAACCAGGAUCACCCAGCUGGAUGAGAACCGGCAGCAGAGCAGUAUAAUCCGCCAGCCCCUGGGUCCUGACGGCACACAAGGCUUCAAGCAACGCAGAUAAAACGUGCGCCAGCGAGCCGCUUUGUAAAACGGAGCUCUCCAUGACUGAGCGUGCAGUGUUGGACAGAGAGAACGGACUCAAGCAGAGGACCUGCUCUGCUCCUUACACUGUGAUCCCCUUUGCUCCGCCCACUGUGACCUUUCUCCUCGUGCACUGUGAUACCCCUGUCCCGCCCACUGUGGUUGGCACACUGCUGUGAGCUCUUCAACGAAACCAUGAAGGGGAGGUUUCUUGCAAUCAGACUGGCCAAGAAUAUAUUGUGUGCCAUUUCUAAUCAGAAAAUCUGCUCCAGCAAUAAUACUGUUUCAGAAUGUUCAAUAGUUUAUCUUUUAAUUUCAGAAAAGAAUUUGACUAUGUAUUAGUGAUGGGUGCUAUGUUUUUUUUUCGUACUACGCUUCAAAGAAUUAUUUUGGUCUCUUCCCAUCUGAUCCAUUAGUGCAGAAUAGUUGCCCAAGGUUACAUACCUUGCUAGGCGAUUUAUGUUUUUUUUUUUUUAAAAACCACCAUCAGAAAUGCACCCAUUUUAAAAGUUAUUUAUUGUAGGUCGUAUAUGAAAUAAAAUGUCUUCAAAACAUCUAACUAGAGAAAACGGGACAGGAAGAUGAAGUGGUCCACAAACGGAUUGUGGACUGCCGGCUUGGGCUGUUUGGCACAGCGAACCAGGAGAUGCACUAUGGGUCACGGCUUCUGUCGGUGACCUGGUUCCUGUCAGAUACUUGUCCUCCCUUCAAGAGUAGGAGAGCACGUCCGUUAUGUGACGGAAAACUGGUCGCAGGGUGAGGAGGGGAGGGGGGGGGGGGGGGGAGUGAGGAAAAGAGAGUAGCUCUAACAGAGGCCAUGAAUGUUACAAUAUCUCACGCCCGAGGGUGGUUAACUGAUGCAUCGAAAUUCCAGCUGACCAUUGGGUUUUAGUUUUGCAUCGAAAACAUAUGCAAUGGUGAGAUUAAAAUAUGGCCCGCUGGAGUAGCACUGGAGGUGUCUAGUGCAUUACGUUGUAGUCAUGUGAUCUUAUUCCAACACUGCCUUAUGCUCAAAUUCACCAGCCAUGCUUUAUGUGUGUUGGUUUUUUGAUACAACCUGCAGGAUAGGUAUAACUUGCAGUAGUAGAAAAUCUUUUUCUUUUUUCUUUUAAAAAAAAGAGGAUGUUAUGGCACGGGCCAUGCUGACAGUUAGUGCCGCUCCUAUCGCCGUUCAGCGGAGGGCAGUAACGUCAGCGGAAACUGGGCAGGUCUUCAGAGGUGCUCUGUCUGAAAACCUCCCUGGUUUUGUGUGGAGGAGGAAAGCGAGAGGGACAGAAAUAAAUGGAAACUUUAUAAGAAGGGAAAUGAGAUGGUUCCAAUUAAAAUCAAUGUUCCUCGGGGAAAGUUGGAAGGCUUUGAGGUCAAUUAGUGGAACCUAUGGCUCUGGUACUUUGGCUCCGUUCUAGUGCUUGUGUGCAGUCUGCGCCCUGCUGUAAGACACUAAGUAAGGCAAGGCGUUGCAGUUAUGGCCCAUCACUAGUACAUACUCUUAAUGGUUUUUUUUGUUUCCAAGGCGUUGCCUUUAUUUUCUACGAUUUGAGGAAAACUGUUUCUAGAUCCAUCUAACGUUAAAAGGGCACGUGUGUGUUUUUGUUUUCCGUUGUGGCUCGCACGCAAGCUGAUGCAGCCACGUGUCUCGUGUUCGCGCGCACAUGUGCGCACGUGUAUGUAUUUGUGUAUAUGUACAUUCUGUGUAUGUGCCUGCGAACAAAAAUCUGCUUUGUGUUGGGGGGGGGGGGGGAGGGAGAAUGUGGACGAGAUGAAUGAAGUCUGGUACAUUUUUCAGCCAGUGCUUCGUGGGUGGGAGGGGGGGGGGGGGGGGAAGGAAAAGAAAAUGAGCUGUCUCACUCCUAAACAGCUGCUAGCGUAGUAGCCAGCCUUGCAGCGUAACAGCUAUCAGUGUAUUUGACUGGGGUGUCUAACUCAGCACAAUUGAUUUGGUCUGAGGUUGACUAGGCUUCAAAUGCUACUAGUGGUCAUAGUUUUAAAAACUGCAAGAUUUUCGGUCCGUAGAAGUAUUUUAAAGGACAAUAUUCAGUUAUACCCGGGCAAUUGUGUUAAAUCCCAAACUAAUAUCUAUAUAUUUUUUCCUGCAUAGCUUCCUCUCAGGUUUUGGUUGUUGGUAAAUCGAUGAGAUAUUUUCGCGCACACUGACGUGUCAGUGCACUGCCUUGUUCUAAACUCUGGUAUUCCUGAAAUUGGCCCAAUUGAAAUGAUUGCCUGGGACUCUCUCCAUUUUGUCACUGAUUAUGUGGCUGAAUCCCCCCCCCCCCCCACACUGGUUCUGUGAGUCAACGCACUAUUUGAUGUGGUAUACAAGCUAGAAAGGCUUGUAUAAUACGUCAGCUCUCUGCAACGGCCCAAGUGUACCUGCAGUGUAAGAAAGGACUGCAGAUGCUGGUAAAAUCGAAGGUCGACACAAAAUGCUGGUGUAACUCAGCGGGUGAGGCAGCGUCUCUGGCGAGAAGGGACGGGUAACGUUUCAGGUCGAGAACCGAAACGUCACCUGUUCCUUCUCUCCCUAGAUGCUGCCUUACCCGCUGAGUUCCUCCAGCAUUUUGUGUCUACCUUCAAGUGUAGGGCUGUUUUCUCCAAUGGAUGUUGGGUGGCCAUUUUAAAGAAAGGGGGCAAAGGGGUGGAUUAUAAUCCUGCUGCUUUCGUUUCCCGCCACCACCUAGUCAGGUAAACCUGGUGUUCAUGGUUGUUUGCCAAGGGAAUACAGAGAGAACCAUUUUUAGAAUGAGUAAAUGCCCUUGUGAAAGAUGAAGGUGAGUACUGGAGGGAGGGGGGGGGGGGGCAGCUGGGGAGGGGGGUGGUUUGCAUUCCUCCAAAGAGGUGGAAAUGGUUUUUUUUUAAAGUACGGGAUCAGUUCAAGCAAGUAAUAUUUUUAUAAUUCUGACCAGGAUAUUUAAUCAGGUGACUAGUGUUUUUAAAAUCAAGCUUUGGCUUUGUUUCUUGCAGUGUUUGAUCUCAAGGCCCAAGUGUUUGAAGGUAAACCAAAAAAACAAAAAGUGUACAGUGACGUGCGCGUAUCCUAGAUUACUUUGGAAAGCUGGCACGGGUGUGCAGAGCGGUGUGACAAAAUGAUGCGUGCAGGGUGUAUUGUCUUUGGGGGGGGGGCAUUGUGGAGGAGAAGUGUGUUUGCAAACUGGUAUUGCACGGGCAAAAUAAAGUGACUGAAAUCUAGCUGUGAAAAGACUGGAGGAUUGCAUGUUCAGUUUGUCCGGGUUAGAGCUAUCGCAAAUGGACUUGAGCAACAUUGCACGCGGCACACACCAGCAAAACCAUCUGCAGAUUGAAUCUGAUAUCAUAAACAAAAAAUUGGGAUGCAAUCCUGAACAACAGCUAACAUUAUAAUGGUCAACGGUCAUCUUUGGCUCAGGAAUAGGUCAGUGGGAGUGUGGUCGUAGCACAGAUUAAACGAUGGAUUUGGGGAAAAGGAUUGAUAUUAAAACUCCAUGUGAUUUCUAGUGCAAUAUUACAUUACAGGACUCGCAAUGGUUUUUGUGCCAAUGUAUGGGGAAAGUCCUAAAUGAACCCUUUAAUAAAUAGUGUCCACAUUGGGGCUGGCCUGUCUUGUCAAAUUUGGUUCACAUCUCAGAUCCAGAAGUAAAAUUCCACCGCUCCAAUUGACUAAAACCUUGUCCACCUCUUCACUGUCCGGGACAGUGUUAAUGAAAUGUGGCACAUGCUAUGUUUAGAUUUGUUGGCACAAAACCCGUCCUUGCAGCCUGCGCCGUCCAGAAUUCUCGGUUGAAAUAUGCACCAGAAAGGGUUUCUUGUUGAAGGUUAGAGAGCUGAACAAAACAGUACGCCCAAAUGGCCAGUAAAAUACUUGCGGGAGAUAAUGAGUAGGAAAACGUUCAAGCGAUCAAAGUCAGCACUACAUUGUUGAGGGGAGGGGAGGGGAGAUCAACUUGCAGUUAAACCCCCUGCUCACAUCGCUCACCUCAAAAUCAAACAUUGGCUCACUUCACGAGUGCAAAAGUAGCACAUCUUGUGGGAGAGACAAGGUUGGCAAACAGAUGGAGGUCGAGGGAGGGAGUUGAAAACCCAUGCUUUAAGAGUUGUGCACCCUUUAUUCAUUCAUUUAAAAGUUUUCAUUCGUUUUUUCAAGUGUAUCUUAUGCAGGGUAACAUCGGUGUCUGAAUAAGAAAUUCUACCUUUGCGGUGUCCGAUUACUGGGUUUUCUCAAGCUUUUGGAGAUCAAAUUUCUUUAUUGAAACUUAAACAUGCUUUAUUUACCAAGUUGAUCUGGCCUCCCGCACAGCCAGAUUAUUUAUAUACCUGCAUUAUGCGUGAUGUAGAGUUUACUCGAGCAUCUUGCUAAAGGGAUUAUUUCCUAAAAGAAAAAACACAAAUUGUAAAGUCAGCAAAAUAAGUGAAAAUGGACCUAGCAAGUCGUUCAUGUUGAGUAUCAUCAUUUACGCCUGAAUAAUGUGACAACUGGUUUUGGAAGAGUACGGUUAAAAGGAAGAAAAUGCACGAAACAGAGUUGUUAAUUCACAUUGUGUGAACAACUGUUAACUUCUUGUUUCCCUUUCCACAAAUAUUGACUGAUCUGAUUAUUUUUUUUCCUUCCCCCCCCCCCCCAAGACAUUUUCUGUUUAAUUUUAAAUUUCCAGCACCCACAGUUGUAAUUGGGCUUUGACAAGUAAAAUGAAAUGCAUGGGUGGAAUUUUUAAGCUACUGGACACACUCUGGGAUCUUCAUAGUGACAUAAAGGGGAUUGUGUGCUGCAAAUGAUUAGUGUUGAGGAAUUUUGAGCUACAAGAAGACAUGGCAAAAUCUCUGUGGCAGGUACGCUGUCCGUACUAUAUCCUGCAAUCGGGUGGAAUGUUUUCAAAAGGUGUAGGAACCUUUUGGUGACAUUCAUAGUUUAAUAACUCCCUUAUCUCAUCUUUGGUAACGAAGAAUAAAUCACAUGUCUGUCAUGACAUUUGUAAGAAUGUAACCUGGAGCUAUGCUGGACAAAUCUUAGUGAUUCCUAAUUUUGAUUUAAGUCGUAUUAAAGUAUCCACUUCUCAUGUCACUUGUUGCCCACCCCCACCCCAACCACCACCUCUGCAAUUGUCAAUAAACAUGGCAUUGUUUGGCUCACUAGGAUAAUGCAACUCUUGGAAAAGUGUAUUUGGAAGAGUUAUACUGCCGCAUUUAUUUGUCUUUUUUAAACACGGCAAAGAAUGCUGUAGCCUGGAAUUUGAAUAGAAUUGCCCUGCGUAACAUAGCUAUAGGUCUCACAGUGCACGUUAGAAUGGCUAGUGAGAAUAUCAAAUCUGUCUAUAUUGAAUGAACACAGGAUGAUUACUAAAUCAGGAUCUGGAUUUGUUAGAAUUGUCCACUUGUUAUUUUACCAGCAGGUCAAGUAGAAGUUACCUUCGUUACACUGAAUGUGAUUUAUGCUUCCAACUAGUAAGCCAGCACAAGUUCCUCUUGCAUCCCACUGCAGUGUGUCAGUUAUGUGUGGCCUUGUGUAAGGUAAAGCAAGAAAUGAGCCGAAUGUCUCUAAGAUUCUGAAGCGCUAUGUUCUGACCUUGGAUCAUGUUGUUUUAUCUGAAAGAUGAAAAGGCACUUGGAUUUAGUCUGACAGAUUAACGGGGAAAAACUUGCCAAUCACGUAAACUUGGAAUAUCUUUGGAGGUGUUGCA